AUGUCAGAGGCCCCAGUGCCGUCGGUGAUGGACUCAGCAGGCCCACCCCUGGGGCAGACAGGCCGGAGUGAGACUGGGUUGGGUAUGCGGCUCACUUCUGCAAGGUCUGACAGAGUUGGAAUGUGGCGUUGGAUGAUCGGGACGGCGGCGCUGGCCGUGCAGGUCGUGGGCAGCAACUGGCCGAAGCCGCACUACACCCUGCUGGUCACGGGCCUGUGCCGCUUCCAGAUCGUGCAGGUGCUGAAGGAGAAGCCGUACCCCGUGGCCCAGGUGGAGCAGCUGGACCGGCUGGAGGAGUUCCCCGGCGCCCUGCAGACCCGGGAGGAGCUGGGCGAGCUGUCGGAGCAGUUCUACAAGUACGCGGUGCAGCUGGUGGAGAUGCUGGACAUGUCCGUCCCCGCGGUGGCGAAGCUGAGGCGCCUCCUCGACAGCCUCCCCCGGGAAGCCCUCCCCGACAUCCUGACGUCCAUCAUCCGCACGAGCAACAAGGAGAAGCUGCAGAUCCUAGACGCCGUGAGCCUGGAGGAUCGGUUCAAGGCGACCAUACCGCUGCUCGUCAGGCAGAUCGAAGGCCUGAAGCUGCUCCAGAAAACCAGGAAGCACAAGCAGGACGACGAGAAGCGGGUCAGUGUCCUCGGAGCCCGUGUCUUCAGGGGCCCUGUCUUCCUGGGCCCGGAGGUUCCGUGGGGGGGUGGGGGGGGGAGGAAGGUCAGCACUGCCAGCUCCAGCUUUCCUGGCACCCCAGCUCUCAGGGUCCCUCUCCACCCCAUCCGGACCCUGACCCCGAGAGCCUCGGUGCCCCGAGGUCCCCGGCUCCGUGAAUGCUGCCUUGGUUUUUCUGUUUUAAUGGAAUUCUUUAUUCUUGAACAUGUUUGCUAUGUAUUCUUUCUCCACAGACUCAAAAAAAUGCCUCAGUCGAUGCCGGAAUAUGCUCUGACCAGAAACUACUUAGAGCUCAUGGUGGAGCUGCCGUGGAACAAGAGCACAACCGACCGGCUGGACAUCCGCGCGGCCCGCGUCCUCCUGGACAACGACCACUACGCCAUGGAGAAGCUGAAGAAGCGGGUGCUGGAGUACCUGGCCGUGCGGCAGCUCAAGAACAACCUCAAGGGCCCCAUCCUGUGCUUCGUGGGCCCCCCCGGGGUCGGCAAGACGAGUGUGGGGAGGUCUGUGGCCAAGACGCUGGGCCGCGAGUUCCACCGGAUCGCGCUCGGAGGAGUGUGCGACCAGUCCGACAUCCGGGGACACAGGCGCACCUACGUGGGCAGCAUGCCCGGCCGCAUCAUCAACGGCCUGAAGACGGUCGGGGUGAACAACCCGGUGUUCCUGUUGGACGAGGUGGACAAGCUGGGCAAGAGUCUGCAGGGCGACCCCGCCGCAGCUCUGCUCGAGGUGCUGGAUCCGGAGCAGAACCAUAACUUCACCGACCACUAUCUCAACGUGGCCUUCGACCUCUCCCAAGUCCUCUUCAUCGCGACCGCCAACACCACGGCCACCAUCCCGGCGGCCCUGCUGGACAGGAUGGAGAUCAUCCAGGUGCCAGGGUACACGCAGGAGGAGAAGAUAGAGAUCGCCCACCGGCACCUGAUCCCCAAGCAGCUGGACCAGCACGGGCUGACCCCGCAGCAGCUGCAGAUCCCCCCGGCCACCACCCUGGGCAUCAUCACCAGGUACACCCGGGAGGCGGGCGUGCGCUCCCUGGACAGGAAGCUGGGGGCCAUCUGCCGAGCGGUGGCCGUGAAGGUCGCCGAAGGACAGCACAGAGAAGCCAAGUUGGAGCGUGCCGAUGCGACGGAGGCAGAAGGCGGCAGAGAGCACUCGGAGGACACGGAGCCCCAGCCCAUCGGUGACAGUGGUGCCGCCGGCCUGGCCCUCCCGCCUGAGAUGCCGAUUCUGAUCGACCUCCACGCCCUCAAGGACAUCCUCGGGCCCCCGAUGUACGAGAUGGAGGUGUCUGAGCGCCUGAGUCAGCCGGGGGUGGCCAUCGGCCUGGCGUGGACGCCCUUAGGCGGGGAGAUCAUGUUCGUGGAGGCCAGUCGGAUGGACGGUGAAGGGCAGCUGACGCUGACGGGCCAGCUGGGGGACGUCAUGAAGGAGUCCGCCCACCUCGCCAUCAGCUGGCUCCGCAGCAACGCCAAGAAGUACCACCUGACCAACGCUUCUGGAAGUUUCGAUCUUCUUGACAACACAGACAUCCACCUGCACUUCCCGGCUGGAGCCGUCACCAAGGACGGGCCGUCGGCAGGGGUCACCAUCGUGACCUGCCUGGCCUCACUGUUCAGCGGGCGGCUGGUGCGCUCCGACGUGGCCAUGACGGGCGAGAUCACGCUGCGGGGCCUGGUGCUGCCGGUGGGCGGCAUCAAGGACAAAGUGCUGGCUGCGCACAGAGCGGGCCUGAAGCGGGUCAUCCUCCCGCAGAGGAACGAGAAGGACCUGGAGGAGAUCCCGGGCAACGUGCGCCGCGACCUGAGCUUCGUCACGGCGAGCUGCCUGGACGAGGUCCUGAACGCCGCUUUCGACGGGGGCUUCUCGGCCAAGGCCAGGCCCGGCCUCUUAAAUAGCAAACUGUAGGCUCGGAGCGCGGCUCAGGCGCCGUCCUGAAGCCCCGAGGCCCGCCGGGCUGGCUGCUCACGCCAGCGGGUAAGCAAGAUGUCCCUUCCCCUGUGAGCUGAUCAGCAGGCGCGAGCCUCACCGCGGGGCCGCGCGGGCUACAGAGAUUUUAAUAAACAGAUAGCAUUGACUCCUGUC